AUGGCCGCUGCCGGCAAGAAGAGCACCAGGUUCACCGUCACGUGCGCGCUCCUGCGGCAGUACAUGAGGGAGCACCAGGGGCAGAUGGGUGACCUCGCCGUCUUGUUCCAGGCGCCAUCGCCCCCGGUGGCGCCCGGGGAGAACGACGAGGACAGGAUCAUGCAGCUCUUCCCCAUGUGCGCCGUGGCGAGGCCGGCCCAGGAGAGGCAGGAGAUGAGGAAGCAGGCGCCCAUGGCCAUCUUCUACGAGGUUCCUCAUCAACUAGACGAAGCGCAGAUGAGGGCGGCGUCGCUGCAUAGGUUCCUCAGGAAGAGGAAGGUCAGGAUCAGCGACAACAACAGUGAUCACAACGAGGACUCCAUGCCGGCAAAGAAGCAGAAACACACCGCUGCCCGCAAGCCCUUCGUCCAGGACGUGCCUGAUCCCUCUUGGCUCCGGCUCUGA